UUCCUGAUCUGAUUUGGUGGUCCUUUGCAGGUUUCGUCUGUACUUGAUCAUUGUAAUUCAUAAACAGAAAGAUCUUGAUUAAGUUCUCUUCUGAUGCAACAUGGAGGAUCCCUUUUUACAUCUUGCAAGCUUGAGCUCUUAUAUUGCCCAGCAAUUUGUUCAAUUUAUUGAGGAUCUUAUCUGCAGAGAUAUCCUUGGGUGGUCAGAAUAUUUAGUUGACUUUGGUGGUCUGCUUGUAAACUUUACCAGUGACGGGGGUUGUAGAACUGUUCCUGAGGCUUGUUCAUUUCCUUCAAGAGUAUCUGACACAGGAACAAGCUUUAGAAUUCACGCAAGACGAUCCUCCUAUGUCAAUGAUAACUUGCCUGUAAAUUCAUUAUUAGAAAUUGUAAGAAGUAAUCAAAGUUAUGGAGGUUUCAGACUCAUUUUUGAAGGGUUGAUGCUUCCAGUAUAUGGUCUGAGAUUCACUUGGAAACUUUCGUUGGCCUCUUGGAGGUGUUUCAUAUCUCAUAUCAGAUGUGCUCUAGUUCAAGUUCAGAGUGUUAUAUCCCGUGUACAUACAACCUUGCGUGGGUCUUCUGAUGACAUUGGGUGGUUGCAACAAGCUACUGAAAUGGCUCCUGUUGUUGAUGGUUCAGCUAGAUUUAGAGAACUACUACAAGAUAUUAGGAAUGGACAGCACACACUGCCUGAUUCUUUUGUUUAUCUACUGAUUCCAGGGUUUUUCAGCAAUCACGGCCCUUUAUAUUUUGUGAGCACUAAGAAGUUUUUUUCGAAGAUGGGGUUAACUUGCCAUAUUGCUAAGAUACAUAGUGAGGCAUCCGUGGAACAAAAUGCGUGGGAACUGAAGCAAUGCAUCGAGGAGUUACAUUGGGGAUCAGGAAAACAUGUCAUGCUGCUUGGUCACAGUAAGGGUGGGGUUGAUGCUGCCGCCGCUUUGUCAAAAUAUUGGCAUGAUUUAAAGGAUAAAGUUGCAGGACUGGCAUUUGUGCAGAGCCCUUAUGGUGGAAUACCUGUUGCAUCAGAUAUUCUUCGUGACGGACAGAUUGCUGACAAGGAAACACGAAGGAUCAUGGAGUUUUUACUAUGCAAGUUAAUUAAGGGUGAUAUACGGGCAUUAGAGGAUCUAACAUACGAGAAGCGAAAGGAGUUCUUAAAAAACCACAAGCUUCCUGAUGAUAUUCCACUCAUCUCCUUCCAUUCUGAAGCAAGCAUAGCCCUGAAUGUAAUAGCAACAAUGUCCCAUAUAGCACAUGCAGAACUUCCGUGGCUGCCUUUGCCCGGAUUUGGUGACAAUGAGUCGGAGAAUGUGAUCCAAGCAGGGUGCAAGGUGCCUGUCAUAGUUCCUGUUUCUGCUGCACUGGCUCUUUGUGCUCUCCACCUGCAACUAAGGUAUGGAGAGAAGAGUGAUGGUCUAGUGACCUGUCGUGAUGCUGAAGUUCCCGGGUCAGUGGUUGUAAAACCAGACAUAAAGCUUGAUCAUGCUUGGAUGGUUUAUUCGUCAUGGAGAAAGGACCCAAAUGAAGCGGACGCUAGUGAAAUGUGUGAGGCUCUCUUAACUAUGCUUGUGGAACUCGGUAUGAAACGAAAGGAAGUUUGUUGACUAUGUAUGCGAUGUUAGAUCGAAUCCUUUGAACAAUCAAGUUCCCUGAUAACUAGAUGGGACUGAAAUAUCAGAUGUUUUUUCCAACCUACUCUGAUUAAUGUCUAGAUAUGGUUUUGUUUUAGCUAGUACGUAUAAUCUCUGAGAAGUACCAGUUAGUUCCAUUUUCA